CUGACCCUUUCUUUCUUUCUUUCUUUCUUCUUCUCUGACUUGUCUCUCUCCCUCUUUCCUCUUCAAUUCGAUCGAUCGGCUAGCUGCAGAUUCAUUCGUUAAUUUUCUUUCUUUUCUUCGGUUUGUAGUUGAAAUUAAUUGUUGGAUUGAGAAUACUUUGUAUUCUUGAACUUAGCUGGCUUGCUAGGCAGCCCUUAUAUAAAAAGAGAAAUUGUCGGCGUACAUAUACAUAUAACAAAAGAGGAGAGAUGGAUCCGUCGAUUGAAGCACAAACAGAAACAGGCAUGGUGGUGAAUAGAGGAUUAUCAGACGAGCUCAAGGGGUUGCCUCCGGGUUUUCGGUUUCAUCCCACGGAUGAAGAAAUCAUAACUAGCUAUCUCAUAAAGAAGGUCAUCAACAGCAGCUUCGAAGCUGUUGCAAUCGGCGAAGCUGAUUUGAACAAGUGCGAACCUUGGGAUUUGCCUAAAGAAGCAAAGAUGGGAGAGAAGGAGUGGUACUUCUUUUGCCAGAGAGACAGGAAGUAUCCGACGGGGAUGAGGACGAAUCGUGCGACGGAAUCAGGGUACUGGAAGGCCACAGGAAAGGAUAAAGAGAUAUUCAAUAAGGUUAAAAAGCAGCAACAGCAGGGCGGGAAAGGUGCAGGAGGAGGAUGCCUGGUUGGGAUGAAGAAGACUCUUGUGUUCUACAGAGGGAGAGCCCCUAAAGGAGAGAAGACCAACUGGGUCAUGCAUGAAUACAGGCUUGAUGGCAAAAUCCCACUCUACAAUAACCUCUCCAAGGCUGCAAAGGAUGAAUGGGUUGUGUGCAGAGUUUUCCACAAGAACAUGGGGCUCAAAAGAACCCUUACCCCAACUCGGAUGAACUCUUUUGGGAAUAUUGGGGAUCACGAUCUCUUGGAUUGUUCUUCCCUCCCACCUCUUAUGGAUCCUCCUCUUAAUACUUCCAACAUCAUGACCAACAAACAUUCUUCAUGCUAUGGAGACAAUGACUUCAAGCCCGAUUCCAUUAUCACAGCGCCACACCCAUCGGAUUAUCGUGGAAUCAACACUAACAGUUACCUCAACUACGUUUCACUGGGGGGAGGCGGCCGCGGUGUUCAAGGCCUCAAGCAGAGUUGCAACUUUCAGCUGCAGCCUAACAAUAACUACAACAGUUACCAAGCCAUUAGUCUCAGUAACCCUUCCAACAUGUUAUAUCCUCCACCUCUUCAUCAUAAUCAUCAGCAUCAUCACCAGUUUCAAAAUCCUUCUAGUUUCCCAAAUUUCCAGCGAAAUCAGAUGAUGAGCGAUUCUGAUUAUUUUCAACAAGGGAUGAUGAGGGGUACUCAAGGGCAAGGGUCGGUGUUCCAAACAAGUACUAUUACUAGUAGUGACCGUGAUGACGAUGAUCAGGCCAUUCUAAAAGCAAUAGCUGCAGACAACAACAACAACAACAAGAGGAAGAAUAAUAAUGAAACAUCAUCGUCUGGCUUAGGAGGAGGAGGCUUAGACAGGCACUGCAAGGUCGAGCAGUUUUCGUCCAACCAGUCUAUGUUUAGCCUCUCCCAAGACACCGGAUUGAGCACCGACAUGAACACUACCGAGAUAUCAUCAUCAUUUAUUUCAAAGCAAGAAUUGGGCAGCACCAACAACUCAUCCUAUGAUCAAGAUCCAUCUGUUGUCCCCCUUUCCGACAUUGAAGGCUUGUGGGGCUUUUGACAUUCAUUCAAAAACAAGUCGCGCCGCCUUCUGCUAAUUGGGAUUAUUAAGGGUUUAAAUUUUUUCUUUAUUUUGGUAGGUAGAUUAACUAGUCAGAAAUGGAUGUUGUUGCAUACACGAAUACUGUAUAGUACUUUCAUGGUUUCCGGGGCCAUUUUAAUUUUCAUGAUUAUUGUGAACUAAACUCAUGUAAAUUUUCUUUUUUAUUAUUUAAAUUUAUUAUUACUACGGUUACUGCAA